AUGUUGCUGUUGACCAAUCAUAGGUUGCGUUCCACUAAUGUCACCUUUCCACCGGGGAGGGUCACCUUCUUCAUCAUCGACGGUCUGAGCAGUGCAGAUGACAGGAAGAUCAUCCUGUUCGUCCUCUUACUGCUGAUUUACAUCAUCAUCCUGGGAGGAAACAGCCUCAUCAUCUUUUUGGCGGUGACGGAUCCAAAGCUCCGCUCUCCCAUGUACUUCUUCUUGGGCCACCUGUCCUUCGUGGACAUGAUCUACACGUCCACCACCAUCCCCCACACACUGUCCGGCCUCCUCUUAGAUUCCCAGACCCUGUCCGUCCCCAUCUGCUUCAUGCAGAUGUUUUUCUUCAUCCAGCUGGGCAUCACCACUCGUUCCAUCCUGACUGUCAUGGCGUACGACCGCUACCUGGCCAUCUGUAACCCUCUGCGCUACACCACCAUCAUGACCCAGCCUGUUCGCCGCCUCCUCAUUGCAGGAUCCUGGGGCUUCAGCACCUUCUGCACGAUGCCAUCGGCCACCUUGACGUGGACACGCCCGUUCUGUGGCCCAAACAUGGUGCAACACUUCUGGUGUGACAUAUCGACUCUACGGCGACUCAUGUGCAUCAACACGCGGGUCGAUAACAUCCUGGCCCUCACAUUUGCUCUGGUGGCACUGGGGACCACUGGACUCCUCAUCCUCACCUCCUACAUCCUGAUUGGCAUUUCUGUGUCAAAGAUGGGCGUGGCUGAGCGGUGGAAGGCCAUCGGGACUUGCGCCGCCCAUUUGAUAGUGGUGACCGUCUCCUACACGGCUGCCUCCGUUGUGUACAUCUCCUACAGAGUGGGAAACUUCAGCUCACAGGUGCGUAUCAUCAUAGCGGUCGUGUACGCAGCCCUGACACCUUGUCUGAACCCGAUGAUCUAUAGUCUGAGGAACAAAGAGCUGCAAGAGGCCAUCAGGCGGAUGUUUGGUCGAUUGAGAGCCAGUGCUGUGUCCAGUGGGAAGGAUGUCACCACCGUGUCCUGA